GUUUCUGACAGCGGCUUUCCGAGGAUAGGGGAGCGGCGGCGGCGGCCGCAGCUGAGGGGGUUGCAGGUGCGGAGGCUCCGGGGCGAGGAGGCUGAUGGGGCCGUUAGGAACACGCAGGCGGCAGCCCACAGGCAGGACCCGGACCUGACCUGGACCGCCACCGUCCUCGCGGCCCGCCUCUUCGCCCCGCCUCCGCUUGUGUCUGGAGUGGCCCCGCCCCCCUGACCUGAGCCUGGUCCCCUCCCAGGCGCUGACCCUUGACCUCGGGGCGCUCCCCCAUCUCUUAGGCGCGAUGGCUACGGGCGCAGAUGUACGGGACAUUCUAGAACUCGGGGGUCCGGAAGGAGAUGCCGCCUCCGGGACCAUCAGCAAGAAAGACAUCAUCAACCCGGACAAGAAAAAGUCCAAGAAGUCCUCCGAAACGCUGACCUUCAAGAGGCCCGAGGGCAUGCACCGGGAGGUCUACGCCCUGCUCUACUCCGACAAGAAGGAUGCCCCGCCCCUGCUGCCCAGCGACACCGGCCAGGGCUACCGCACGGUGAAGGCCAAGCUGGGCUCCAAGAAGGUGAGGCCUUGGAAGUGGAUGCCGUUUACCAACCCGGCCCGGAAGGACGGAGCCAUGUUUUUCCACUGGAGACGCGCAGCAGAGGAGGGCAAAGACUACCCUUUCGCCAGGUUCAAUAAGCAGACGGUGCAGGUGCCCGUGUACUCGGAGCAGGAGUACCAGCUCUAUCUCCACGAUGACGCUUGGACGAAGGCAGAAACCGAUCACCUCUUUGACCUCAGCCGCCGCUUUGACCUGCGGUUUGUGGUUAUCCAUGACCGCUACGACCACCAGCAGUUCAAGAAGCGCUCUGUGGAGGACCUGAAGGAGCGGUACUACCACAUCUGUGCCAAGCUUGCCAAUGUGCGGGCCGUGCCAGGCACAGACCUCAAGAUACCAGUGUUUGAUGCUGGGCACGAGCGGAGGCGGAAGGAACAGCUGGAGCGUCUCUACAACCGGACCCCAGAGCAGGUGGCAGAGGAGGAGUACCUGCUGCAGGAGCUGCGCAAGAUCGAGGCCCGGAAGAAGGAGCGGGAGAAACGCAGCCAGGACCUGCAGAAGCUGAUCACGGCGGCGGACACGACCGCGGAGCAGCGGCGCACGGAGCGCAAGGCCCCCAAGAAGAAGCUACCGCAGAAGAAAGAGGCCGAGAAGCCGGCUGUUCCUGAGACUGCAGGCAUCAAGUUUCCAGACUUCAAGUCGGCAGGUGUCACGCUGCGGAGCCAGCGGAUGAAGCUGCCAAGCUCUGUGGGACAGAAGAAGAUCAAGGCCCUGGAACAGAUGCUGCUGGAGCUUGGUGUGGAGCUGAGCCCGACACCCACAGAGGAGCUGGUGCACAUGUUCAAUGAGCUGCGGAGCGACCUGGUGCUGCUCUACGAGCUCAAGCAGGCCUGUGCCAACUGCGAGUACGAGCUCCAGAUGCUGCGGCACCGGCACGAGGCGCUGGCCCGCGCUGGUGUGCUGGGGGGCCCCACCGUGCCAGCAUCAGGCCCAGCCCCAGUCUCUACCGAGUCCGCAGUGUCUGAACCCGGACUUGGCCCCGACCCCACCAAGGACACCAUCAUUGAUGUGGUGGGCGCACCUCUCACGCCCAAUUCGAGGAAGCGACGGGAAUCAGCCUCCAGCUCAUCUUCUGUGAAGAAAGCCAAGAAGCCCUGAGAGGCCGCACGGGGUGUGGGUGCUGCUGUCGUGUAAAUAGAGAUGCUGAGUGGGA